AUGGAGAAGAAGAACCAAGAUGUGAAGCCAAAAUCUCUUCCAAUCUUUAAAUCCCAACUCAAUCUUUACCAAAAUCCUUGCCCUGGCACACCAAAGAGCUCCCAAGAUAGCCCCAACAAUCCAGAAUGCCUAGCUGUUGCUUUUCUCCUUCCAUUUGACCCUAACAGCGCAUCAGUAAUUGAAACGCGCACAGCAGUGGAUUUUCUUCAUUCACUGUGGAUUGGCCAUGGUCGGGUUCCAAUUAUCAUCAAGCAGACCUUCCUUAGAGGGAUUCAGUUUGAUAGUCAUCUUGCUGUGUGCACCGUUUUCUAUAGAUGCAACCAUACCAGCAAAGCAGAAAGGCCUCUUAUCAGUAUUGCUUUGGAUUUGCUCCAACGAUGUAGAGAGCUGAUUUUUGCUGCUGAUAAUCUAUACUCAACAAUUGAGCACACUGCAUUCUACCUUUCGGAUUCUCUCAACAAAUGUCAACUUCGGUUCUGGAAGCAAUGGGUUUAUCACUAUAUCAAAAUACCACCAGCUACGGUCACUAAUCAAAUCCAUGUGGACAUGCAAUCAGAAGACGAGAUGAGUAGCUGGGCCGAAGGGAUGAAGGAAAUACAUAAGCUCAAGUUGCAACAUACACGGGCAACUGAAAUUCUAGAGCUGGCUUGUAACAAUCUGACAUUUUUGAAUGAAGACAAAAAGCGUAUGAUUGGAAAAGCACUGUUGGCGGCUGCUAUAUCAGGGAAUCUUGAGUUUUGUAAGAAGAUAUCAAUAGCAAACCCGGAAUUAAUCUCAAUGGUCACUUUUUCCCAACAAAAGGAGAAUGCCUUCUUCAGUGCCGUUAAAUAUCGUCAAGCUGAGAUUUUUAACCUCCUCCGUGGGAUUCGCUUUAAGAAUGUGGUAGCAACAAUGUUACUUGAGAAUUACAAUAACUUGUUGCACACAGCAGCAAACUUGGCUCCUCCUUCCCAACUUUACCGCAUCCCUGGUGCCGCUUUGCGAAUGCAAAGGAAUGGUAGUGGUUUAAGGUUAGAAGCAGUAGAGAGUAUGGUGAAUCUUGGAAUUAAGCGUCGUCAUAACAAAGACAAGUUGACUCCUCUGGACUAUUUCAAAGAAAACCAUAAAGAACUCAGGAACAAUGGCGAGAAAUGGAUGAAAGAUACUGCAACUUCUUGCUCAAUUGUUGGUGCUCUAAUUGUCACCAUUAUGUUUGCUGUAGCUUUUACUGUUCCUGGUGGAAAUGAUCAAACAUCUGGGCACCCAAUAUUUUUGAAGGAAACGUGGUUCAGAGUUUUCUUAAUUUCAGAUACGGUGUCCUUGUUUGCUUCAGCUUCUUCUGUGCUUAUAUUUUUAGGAAUUCUUACGUCACGUUAUGCAGAAGAUGACUUCCUUUACUCCUUACCUGGAAAAUUGAUCAUAGGCCUCAUUGCACUUUUUCUCUCAGUUGCAACUAUGUUGAUAGCCUUUUCCUCAGCAAUAAUCAUCAUGUCGCAACAGAACUCAUCACCUUUUUGGGCUUUUCUUCCUGUUCUUACGCUUGCUAUCGUGCCCAUAACUAUCUUUGUUUUAUUACAGUUCCCUCUUCUUGUUGAAAUAAUUUAUUUUACUUAUUGGUCUAGGCAUCUUCCGGAAGGUGGAGAAGUGCCAUGA